UAACUCUUAGUGAGGGAAAGGGACUAAGCGAGGAGCCUCCAGUGUCACCAAGUAGAGGAGCUUUGCUGUUCCCUGGAGGGUAAGAUUAGCAUUUGGAAGGGAAAACGGUCAAGGAUGCCAUCAUUGUCCUUUUAAAGCCAAUAACUUCAUUUUUGAGAUGUCCAGGUAUAAUAUAUAUAUAUAUGACGCGGAGAGCGAGAGGAUCAAAGAAUUGACUACACAGACCUGUGAUAUGUCUUAAAAUUCUUUAUGGAUUGAUUUGGGAGAAUCUGAUGUACAGCUGACCUCCCACAUCAAUCCACAGAAGUGGUUUGUUGGAACAUAAACACAGCUGCUUUUUUUGCAGUGACAGCAGAAAACAUUAUUUGAUCUGUUCAUUUUGUGUCCCUGUUCAUUCUAUAAGGAGACAUUGGACUGGAAGCGACUGAAUGGGGAACAUGUAAUUCUAUUGUUCCUGAAAGAAGAAUUUCACUGAGAGUAAUGAUGGCAUAUUCCCUAGUAUUUCCUAUUUGAGAUUUGCUUUCUUCACAGAGGCUAUCUAAGUCUAGCGUAUGGUCUUUAGAGGGGUGCCCUAGUUUGGCUGCAGGGACACGGGUGGCACUGUGGUCUAAACCACUGAGCCUUAGGCUUGCCAAUCAAAAGGUCGGUGGUUCGAAUCCCUGUGAUGGGGUGAGCUCCCGUUGCUCGGUCCCAGCUCCUGCCAACCUAGCAGUCCAAAAGCACAUCAAAGUGAAAGUAGAUAAAUAGGUACCGCUCCGGCGGGAAGGUAAACGGCGUUUCCAUGCACUGCUCUGGUUCGCCAGAAGCGGCUUAGUCAUGCUGGCCACAUGACCCAGAAAAACUGUCUGUGGACAAACGUCAGCUCCCUCGGCCAGUAAAGCGAGAUGAGAGCCGCAACCCCAGAGUCGUUUGCGACUGGACUUAACUAUCAGGGGUCCCUUUACCUUUACCUUUACCUAGUUUGGCUGAGAAGAAGAAAAUAAGUUUAAUUUAAAAGCAGUGAUGGAUUUAUACCAUGUUUCUCUCAUAACUGUAACUGGCCCAUGAUAGCUUAUCAUUUAUAGCAUCUAUCAGUGAUAUUGCUGCUGGUUUAUUACAGCCAGGUUUCAAUGGAUUGGCAGAAUUUAUAAAAACCAGGACAUUUGGCAGAAUUUAAAAAACCAGGCAUGAGAUGCUACCUAAACUGUUGUCUGAAUUAUUCUAAGCAGAAUGCCCUGGAACCUAUUUUCUAUUCCUAAACUCAACUGUAGCCCAUAUGAAACAGUAAUAGCUUACCUCUGUGCACCCCAAAGAAAUGAUAGUAGCAGAGAGAAAAUAGGAGGUAGAAAGAAAAACUGCUUUCCUUUGAAGAGAUAACCCAGCUAAGGAUAAGCUGGAAGAGCUUGAGAAACGGCAGAAUCAGUAAAACAUGGCUUGGGACAUCCUUGGCUUUCACAGGUUUUGUAUAACUAUAAGAAAUCACAAACCAGCUUCAACGCAUCUGGGAUUGAAGGGAAGGGUUUUAAGGCUGAGGGAAUAGAUCUGAACUUUGGCCAGGGCCAGCUCUACCAUUAGGAAAUGCGAGGUAGCUGCCUCAGGCGGCAAGAUACCUUGCCCCCACCCUGUAAACUUUCCUACUGCCCUCAAGUGUGCUGGAGAAUCUUGUCCUGUAGUCAGAACUGAAGUAGGAUUAUGAAGCUGAAGUAGGUGGGUGGGUGGGAACACGCCACCUUGUCCUUCACACAAAGUGUAAUGAGAUGGCCCUUACAAGAAUUAACUACUGAACAGAACACAAUUUUAAUGUGGAGUUCUCACUGAAAAGGAAACUCUGCAUUUUGCUAUAUUCACAUUGGUGUACAGUGAUACCUCGGGUUAAGUACAUAAUUCGUUCCGGAGGUCCGUUCUUAACCUGAAACUGUUCUUAACCUGAAGCACCACUUUAGCCUAUGGGGUCUCCUGCUGCCACCGCGCCACUGGAGCACAAUUUCUGUUCUCAUCCUGAAGCAAAGUUCUUAACCUGAGGUACUAUUUCUGGGUUAGCGGAAUCUGUAACCUGAAUCGUAUGUAACCUGAAUCGUAUGUAACCCGAGGUACCACUGUAUUGGGAUUUCAUGGUCAAAAUCACAGGAUUCUGAGUUCAUGGCAAAAGUGGUUGUGGCGCUGCUGUGCUUGGAUCCCAGCUCUGUCCACUUCUAUUCAGAAAUGUCCCCCUGAUUCCCAAAGAAGUUAGUAAAACUGGGCUCCCACGCGCCUUUACUUGGGAAGUGAUUUAAAAUAAGCAAGCAUAGCACUGGGCUGCCCAGAUGUGUUUGCUGAAUUCCGUUAAGAAGACUUAGCAAAAAAGACGUAUGACUUCUCUCAAGGAAAGUACGGUCUCUUUUAAAGCAGCAGUAAUAUAAAUAUAAGGGACGUGGGUGGCACUGUGGGUUAAACCACAGAGCAUAGGACUUGCCGAUCAGAAGGUCGGCAGUUCGAAUCCCUGCGAUGGGGUGAGCUCCCGUUGCUCGGUCCCUGCUCCUGCCCACCUAGCAGUUUGAAAGCAUGGCCAAAAGUGCAAGUAGAUAAAUAGGUACCACUCUGGCAGGAAGGUAAACGGCGUUUCCGUGCGCUGCUCUGGUUCGCCAGAAGCGGCUUAGUCAUGCUGGCCACAUGACCCGGAAGCUGUACGCUGGCUCCCUCGGCCAGUAAAGCGAGAUGAGUGCCGCAACCCCAGAGUCGGCCACGACUGGACCUAAUGGUCAUGGGUCCUUUAAUAUAAAUAUAGAAAACGGUUUUUAAAAGUUAGAGAAGCAACCAACAAUUAUAUAAUUGCUUUCCCCACAAUGUCACUAUUUUUCAGGGGCAGAGGAAGGGGGGGUGCGGUGGGUGUGGUUCGCUCUGGAUGUCCCCACUGAGGGGGGGGCACUCACUGUGGGGCUUGCAGCGCACCCAAGCCACGCGUCUCUCCUGGGAGCAAUGCGGUGGCUUGGGCACCCGCAGGCUCCACGCUGCCCCAAACUGUCCACCCACCGCCUCCCCGUCAGCUGUAGGGCGGCUGUUUUUGACUCUGUUUGAAACUUAAAACCUCAGUGUCUUAGUAGGGCUAUGUUGAAAACUUGUUUGAGUCUCUGCCCUGUUUUUGAGUUUGUUUGAAACUUCAAACCUUAAUUUUGUAUCGCUAUUGCUUGGUCCUCUUAAAUAGGGCUAUAUUUAAAACUUGUCAUUGAGGUUUUCAUACCUUUAUUGUAAACUCGAGGAAGCAUUUCCAGCCCUGCUCUUGAGCUUGUUUGAUAUCACUUAAAAUCUUAUAAUUUCUUUAUUUCCUUCUGAGGAAACUGAUUAGUUCAGUGAAUCAAGCUUUGUAGCCGGCAUCUUGUUAAGUUUUUCUUUAAUUCUAGUUUAUUUUUUGAUUUUUGUUAUUCUAGGGUCGAUUACUUCUCGUUUCAGGGAUUUUCACGGUACAGUGGUACCUCGGGUUACAUACGCUUCAGGUUACAUAUGCUUCAGGUUACAGACUCCGCUAACCCAGAAAUAGUGCUUCAGGUUAAGAACUUUGCUUCAGGAUGAGAACAGAAAUUGUGCUCCAGCGGCGCGGCGGCAGCAGGAGGCCCCUUUAGCUAAAGUGGUGCUUCAGGUUAAGAACAGUUUCAGGUUAAGUACGGGCCUCCAGAACGAAUUAAGUACUUAACCCGAGGUACCACUGUAAUUUCUUUUGUUCUGUGUAAUUUCUUGGUUCCGUGACUGUCUUUUUUUCACGAGUGGGAGGAGGCAGGCAGAUUUCUCAGAUGUCCCACAGAGUGUCUUGCCCCGGUUGGCCCCGCCCCACAAGCAGCUGGCCCCGCCCCUGGGCGCCGCCUGCCCCAGGCUCCUGAUCGGCUUGCUAUCUUUGUUUUCCCUAACGUUUUUCCUGUCCUUUUAGGAAACCAUGUGGUUAUCUACUCAGUUCCAUUGGACUCAUUCUGUUGAUGGUUUGGGGACUGUUAGGUAUCUGUCUACUAUGGAAUAAAAUGUGGUGACAGAGCGGCAAACUGAUUGGAAGGCCACAUGCCUGUUGCAUCCUCCUUGUGCCACCCUGCUAUAACCGCCUCCCCAUGUGCAUGGGGCCAUCACCCUGGCAGACCCCGCUCCCAUGCUAUGCCCUUGAUAAAAUAGUGGGUAAAGCAUCCUGGAACAAAAAUGGAAGGUUUCCAUCAGCUAAAAAAGAUGUAAAUAUUGUAGCCAGAUGAAAGCAUGUACAGUGGUACCUCGGGUAAAGAACUUAAUUCGGUCUGGAGGUCCGUUCUUAACCUGAAACUGUUCUUAACCUGAAGUACCGUUUUGGCUAAUGGGGCCUCCCGCGGCCGCCACAUGAUUUUUGAAGCAAAGUUUCAUCCUGAAGCAAAGUUCUUAACCCAAGGUACUACCGUAUUUUUCGCUCUAUAAGACGCACCAGACCACAAGACGCACCUAGUUUUUGGAGGAGGAAAACAAGAAAAAAAAUAUUCUGAAUCUCAGAAGCCAGAACUUCAAGAGGGAUCGCUGCGCAGUGAAAGCAGCAAUCCCUCUUGCUGUUCUGGCUUCUGUGAUAGCCGCGCAGCCUGCAUUCGUUCCAUAAGACGCACACACAUUUCCCCUUACUUUUUAGGAGGGAAAAAGUGAGUCUUAUAGAGCAAAAAAUACGGUCUUUCUGGGUUAGUGGAGUCUGUAACCUGAAGUGUCUGUAACCUGAAGCGUCUGUAACCUGAGGUACCACUGUAAUAACAAUCUACCUAUCAUAAAGUGCAUUUUUAAAUAUUUGGCUGUAUGUGUAGCCUCUCUGCACCUUUGGUUGGAAGCAUAGUUUCAGUUAUUCAAUCUUUCUCAGUUUGCAGGAUUACUGCAAAGCAGUGAAGCAACAAUGACAGGAUGAACCGGCUUCAUAUAGAAAGAAAACCGUUCCUGGUACCUAUAAACGAAGAGGCAAAACAUGAAGGAGAAAAUCGUUAGUGUUUGCAAAUCAUUUUCAUUUUGUCUUACUAAUUACAGCAAAAAAUAAUAAUAUUGAUUUUAAGUCAGUAAGUAAAAAACGGAUUUCAAGAUAGUGAGGGAAUCGAUAGAUCAAAGUGCUCCAAAUUAAUAUUUUUAGAGAUGACCCCCAAAUAGGGUGACAUGACCUUAUACACUGCUUCGUUGCAGUAACAAUUCAUAAGCACCAAUACAAAUCUGAUUCCUUUCCCAUCUAUGGUAGCCACUGACGCUCUUCCACUGCUGGGUUCUUGCUGUCCAUUGUGGCAACCUGAGAUCAGGACUUGCCCAAGGUCAUCCAAUGAGUUUGUGAGUCCGAAGCAUUAAGGAACAUGGUCUUCCAGAUCGAAACUCAAGUCAAUUCUAUUGACCUAUAUUUAAGUUUUUCAUUUAAUAGUAAAUCAAGAAAGCUUUAUGUCCCAACUUCCUGUGAAAUGGGUUACCACAGAGGUGAUCGGGGAGCCCAAAUCUAUGCAUGUUUACUCCAAAGCAGGUUUUGCUGACUCCUGUAGAACUUACUCCCAGAUAAUGAUAAUAAUAAUAAUAAUUAUGAUUUAUUAUUUACACCCCGCCCAUCUGGCUGGGCUUCCCCAGCUACUCUGGGUGACUUCCAAUGAAAUAUUAAAAUACAGUAAUGCACCAAACAUUAAAAGCUUCCCUAAACAGGGCUGCCUUCAGAUGUCUUCUAAAAGUCUGGUAGUUGUUGUUCUCUUUGACAUCUUGUGGGAGGGCGUUCCACAGGGCGGGCGCCACUACUGAGAAGGCCCUCUGCCUGGUUCCCUGUAACUUGGCUUCUCGCAGUGAGGGAACUGCCAGAAGGUCCUCAGAGCUGGACCUCAGUGUCUGGGCAGAACAAUGGGGGUGGAGACGCUCCUUCAGGUAUACUGGACCGAGGCCGUUUAGGGCUUUAAAGGUCAGCACCAACACUUUGAAUUGUGCUCAGAAAUGUACUCGGAACCAAUGUAGGUCUUUCAAGACUGGUGUUAUGUGGUAAGUAUGCAUAGGAUUUCUCCCCUUUCACAAGAGCACAUCUGAGUGAGCGAGUGACUGCCCACUGUUGGAAAUAGGAUGCAUGGAUGAUAUAUUACAGUUUCAUGUAAAGGAAAUCUUAGGUUCUUACGUUAAUCAUGUACGCUCAACAGAGAAUCACAGUCGAUACUGGUUCUCUGACGCAUGAAACUCCAUGAUGCACAGCUUUGUCAUCUUGCUCCCAGCUGCUGCUCUUGGGCACCAGUUUCAAAACCAGAAGGCCAUUGUGUUGUUAUUAUCUCCCACAAAACUCCGAAGUAAGGGCACAAAGCAUCACCCUCACUCUGACUUGGCUUCUGACAUUAUCACCCUGGCAACAUGAAGCCAUAUCAGAGUGAGGGUAAUAGGCCUGCCCUCUGAAGGUUUAGGUUUGUUUGCUUUUAAAAAAAUAUACCGUAUUUUUCGCUCUAUAAGACACACCAGACCAUAAGAUGCACCUAGUUUUUGGAGGAGGAAAACAAGAAAAAAAAUAUUCUGAAUCCCAGAAGCCAGACCAGCAAGAGGGAUCGCUGCGCAGUGAAAGCAGCGAUCCCUCUUGUUGUUCUGACUUCUGGGAUAGCUGCACAGCCGGCAUUCGCUCCAUAAGAUGCACACACAUUUCCCCUUACUUUUUAGGAGGGAAAAAGUGAGUUUUAUAGAGCAAAAAAUACGGUAUAUAUUUGAGGUAAAAAUGUGGCAUUUACCAGCAGUCCUAUAACGCAAUUACUGUUCACCCCAAAUUUUGCCCUUCCAGCACUGCUGCCUCUCAAACAGUCUGUACCUUUAAAAGCACAUUUAGAUGCGCAUCUCAUGUAACAUGUGUUAAAGAUUUUAGGAAGAUACUCAGAGAUCUUUAAAAAACUAUAGUCUUUGUUGAAGGUGCAGCUGUGUAUGUUGGUUUGUGAUCUUAAGUAAUCUUACUUCCUGGAAGUGUAUUCUUUAUGUUUGUUAGGCGGAAUCUUACCGAUGGGCUACUGUAAAAGAUCCCACGUUCAGUGGUGCAGGCAUAAAUUAAUGCAGUAUUAUUAUGUCGCAUAAAUAAAACACUGCUCUAGCUACCUCAUGGAUUGUUUCCUGUUAUUCUGUUCUUAUUGUCCCUCUAACAGGAUUGGCAAAGCCUGAACUCCCAUCUCAAAAAUUCCUGAAAAUCGCUUUAGACAAUUGCGUUCCUGUAGUUUCGUGCCACCAGGGACUGUUUCCUGGUAUGUCUCCAGCAACUUUGUGUUCAAGAAAUGUAUGGGGAAUUGGGUCAGAAAGGUUGAUUCGUGCUUUGAGUGUAUUCUGACAGGAAAUCCAAACAAAAAUAAUAUGGGUAUUUGAAGGAAAAUUGGACAGGGGCAUCAAUUAUAGGGGGUGGAAGGGGCAGGGGGCCAAGGGCCCCCCAAAUAAUGAGGGGGUUGCUAUCCCUCACCACUGGCUGACUCGCCAAGUGGGGCCAGUUGAGGCGGGAGGCGCAGACGGUGAUUUUCACUCUCUGUGCUCCCCACCACUGACCCAUUCCCCAGCUUGCUGCUGCUGGGAGAGUGCUGGUGAUGUCAGGCCCCAUCAAUGUGUGGGGCAAGUUGGCUUCGCUGCUCCCCAAAGUAAAACACCUUGAAUUCAAUGGGGCUUCUUAGCAGGUUAGUAUGCAUAGGGUUACAGCCUUCAAUAGUGAUUCUCGACUUUCCUGAAACAAAGCAACUGUUGGGUAGGUGUGGCGUGCGGAUAACAUCUCGCCACUGUUCCACACCUUGCUGGAAGGGUAAAUGGAAAAAUCUAAAAUUAUUUCAGCUUACAUGAUCUAUGAAGAAAUCUCCCAUUGUGGGCAGGGGCCUAGAACCUCGAGAGCGAUUCUGUUAUUAAAGUCAAACCAAAGUUCACGGUUAGUCCAGACUGGCCCCAGGAUGUUAGCUUGGAGGUGCAGCUGAAAUAACUGGGGGUGGGGGUGGGUGCAUUUCUUGUCUACGUGUGCAAGGAUUGUUAAUUCAGGAUGAUAAUCCCCCAAACGAUCUUGGCAUCAGCUCCUGGUUCAGCUUCUGCUCACGUGGAAUGUUCCUCAUUGUAAUAGCAUGUAAAGAGAGGGGGAAAACUCAAUAAAGCCUCAUUCUGUGUGGGCAGAGACUUAAGAGUAUAUGUGGGCAGAGUUUUAAGAGCAAGCCCUAAGGCCUGGGUGUUAAAGGGCUUAUUGCCAUUACUUUUGGCUAACUUUACUGGAGAAUAAAUGGGUUGAGUGUUGUAAUAAACUGGCUGUGUGUUACAGUGGCAUUUGCACAGUGUUCAAAAUUCUAGUUUGAUUUUAUUUAAUUUGAUGUUCUUCCCUCUUAAAACGUGAGCGUGUUUUCAGUGCUGACUGACGUAUGUUUCUUCAGCUAUGGCAUGUAACUUUUUUACGAUAGGUCUCGUGUAGGGUUACCAGACGUCCCUGUUUCCCAGGGACAGUCCCUGGAUUUACAAAUCAGUCCCCUGACAAAAUCCUUCUAUUUAGUAGGAAGUUGAAAAGUGUCCCCAGAUUCAUUGGAAAAAAAUCUGGUAACCUUAGUCUGGUGGCAUCAGCACCUGGUGUGGGAUAACCAGCCUGAUAUAACCAACAUGCUUAAGUCUAAUUAAUGCAUGAAGGGGUUAAUGCCAUAGAGAAAGCUGUCCUGCAAGGCUUUGCUAGGUCACUGUGGAAGGAAGGUAAUUAAGCCUUUGUUUCCCUUCCAUUUACCUAUGAAGCUCAGCGUGUAAAGAGGCUGGAGCUGGUUGCUCCAAAUUCAGACCACACAGCUCUAACAACCCUUUAUUGUAUUCCUGUACCAAUAAUUUAGGAACUUACCACCACUUUAACUAAAUUUUAUUGCCUGUGUUUUCUGAAUGAUGUAUUGAAAACACAUGAAUCUGACAUUUGGAGAGUUUGUAAGUACACCAUUUUUAGCUCACCAAAUGUGUGGUCUUUUUUUUCUAUGCUAGGGGAAGAGGGAAACUUUUUGAAGGAACUUUGUUGUUGUUGUUUAGUCGUUUAGUCGUGUCCGACUCUUCGUGACCCCAUGGACCAACGCUGGACCAUAAAGAAGGCUGAUCACCAAAGAAUUGAUGCUUUUGAAUUAUGGUGCUGGAGGAGACUCUUGAGAGUCCCAUGGACUGCAAGAAGAUCAAACCUAUCCAUUCUGAAGGAAAUCAGCCCUGAGUCCUCACUGGAAGGACAGAUCCUGAAGCUGAGGCUCCAAUACUUUGGCCACCUCAUGAGAAGAGAAGACUCCCUGGAAAAGACCCUGAUGUUGGGAAAGAUGGAAGGCACAAGGAGAAGGGGACGACAGAGGAUGAGAUGGUUGGAUAGUGUUCUCAAAGCUACCAGUAUGAGUUUGACUAAACUGCAAGAGGCAGUGGAAGACAGGAGGGCCUGGCAUGCUCUGGUCCAUGGGGUCACGAAGAGUCGGACACGACUAAACGACUAAACAACAACAACAAAGUUCCUUCAAAAAGGGCACAUUUUAAAGGUUUCAUAACUUAGAUUUCUACUCUUUACUUUGCUGCAUAUUUUGUGAUUUUAAUUUUCUGCUGGGGCUCAACCACCAAAGAGUAUUUGCCCCAAACCUGGCUUUUUGCUGAUUCUGUUCUUUGAUGUGGCAUACCACCUUGAUAUAUUUUUAUGUAAGUGUAGAUGAUAAAGAUGUAAAUAAGGGAAAGGGAUAAAAAUAAAUAAAUAACAUGAUGCUGAAAUUCUAUGCUAAAUUGUUCUCUCUCAUCCUGGGAUUAAUUUUUAGCUCUCUCUUGUGUCAGCACAGUUUAUAAAUGGCAAAGGUGUAUGUGAAUGGGAUCUACAAAAGAAGCUUUGUAUUGACUGAAUAACCAAUACUGUAUUUUUCUUGUUUAUUUUGGUAAUGUGAUAUUUUCUUUAUACUUUUAGAGCUGACCCCGAGGACUGUGGAAGAACUGCCUCCCCCCCCAAAAAUAGACAAAUACAAACUUGCAAGAUUUUUAACAGAGAAGGCCAUCAGGGUAUAUGUGACUAGAAAUAGUUUUUUUAUCCAAAGUAUUUAUUGGUUGUACUGUAAAGGCCUGGAAACGAUGCCUUAUGAGGAACGGCUAAGGGAGCUGGGCAUGUUUAGCCUGGAGAAGAGGAGGUUAAGGGGUGAUAUGAUAGCCAUGUUCAAAUAUAUAAAAGGAUGUCACAUAGAGGAGGGAGAAAGGUUGUUUUCUGCUGCUCCAGAGAAGUGGACACGGAGCAAUGGAUCCAAACUACAAGAAAGAAGAUUCCACCUAAACAUUAGGAAGAACUUCCUGACAGUAAGAGCUGUUCGACAGUGGAAUUUGCUGCCAAGGAGUGUGGUGGAGUCUCCUUCUUUGGAGGUCUUUAAGCAGAGGCUUGACAACCAUAUGUCAGGAGUGCUCUGAUGGUGUUUCCUGCUUGGCAGGGGGUUGGACUCGAUGGCCCUUGUGGUCUCUUCCAACUCUAUGAUUCUAUGAUUCUAUGAUUCUAUGUAUUAUUAGCAUGCGUAUAACAAAUUUGCUUCAAUAAAUAUGGUACCAUUGAUUCUGAAAGAGGAAGAAAGCGGAAUGCAUCCAACAACAACAAAAAAGGAAGAUUCUAAAAAAAUCAGUUGCUUGAAACUCAAAAGCACACGUAGCAGCAGUUUGCAAAUAAUAAAUAUUUCCCAAUUUUUCUGUUUACGUCUGGAGACAUAACCUCUCCGUCCCUGAGAGUCAAGAAAAGUGUGAAAGAGAGAUUCUCUGUUCAAUGUUCUGGACUCAUUCCACUUUUGCCUCUGGUAAACAGGUUUUGCAGGUUGGUCAAACCCUGCUGCAGCUGUUUGUCCAGAGGUAGAAACUGGAGAACAGAAAUAUCUGCAUACAGAUCAGGAGACUUGACGUCUGCCUCUCAAACCACUUUCAGGCGGUGUUAGAAACAGAUAUGAAAGCUAGGAGCUAAAUGGCACCUUAAACCUAGAUUAUGGGCGCAACAAUGGAAUGUCUAGGUACACUUUGUAUAUACAGUGGUACCUCAGUUCUUGAAUGUAUUAUGUUCUGGAAGAUCGUUCGGCUUCUUAAAUGUUUGAAAACCGAGGCGCGGCCUCCCAUUGGUUGCAAGAGCUUCUUGCACUCUGCGGAAGCUGCAUCGCAUGUUUAAGUUCCAAAAUGGAAGCAUUUACUUCCGGGUUUUCGGCAUUUGAGAACUGAAACGUUCGACAAUGGAGGCGUUCAGGAACUGAGGUACCACUGUAACAAGAAUACAAAGCUGAAAAUGAAUGAACUGCAGCUAAAAUAUUAUGUUCAUUUUUCACAUGGUCCAGUCCUUCACCAGCCCACCCCCCUAAUAUUCUUAAGAGGGUCUCUUCUCCAGUCUUCAGAAAGUAGCUGGAAGUGGGGAGGCAGAAAAAGGUCCUCCUUUCCUUCCACUCGGCGGUUUUAAUCUGAAAUCUUAGGCGCAGUACUGCGCCCAGAGCUCAGAAACUGGUCGUGCUAAUGGAAUUCCCUGUCACAAAAUGUGCCUAGAAAAAUGGGAGUUUUGAACAGUGCUUUCAAGUGUCUUCACAUUUAUUAUUUCUCCCUAGCAAGUUACUUUUACGGAGUGAUGAGGUAGAGCCAGACCAGGUGCAGAUCAACUCUGGCUUUGGGGCUGCUGUUUCUCACAGCUCCACCUCAGAGUUCUCCUGAAUGGCAUGGACACUUGAGGGUGCUGGAAUGGUUCGAAGAGCCUGUAGCCAUCAUUGUGCUCUCCAUGACAUUGCCAGGAAUAUGUCAGGGCCUAGAGAUCUUGGAGGAUAGCCUUUCCCAGCAUGGCUUGUGCUCUCCUUGAUACAUUCACCCUCUUGGAUAGCACUGUGGAGAUGCCUGGAAGAGCAGGAAGGGAGGGAGAGUAAGCUUGGACAGUGAUGAUCCUAGUAAUGGGCCCAGAAUCCUAACCUGCAGUUUUGUGGGACUCUUCCUGCUACUCCCAAGUUUGUAUGAAUUACUGGACGUGGUUGUGCCACUGUCACAAUGGAGAGGACCUUAUCCAAGCUAGGAGAGACAUAGGCUAUGGGGUACAUUAGAUUCUUUUGUGCAUGUGUGGGAAUCUAGGUAUUAUGAGAGCUGUACAGUCGUACCUUGGAAGUCGAAUGCCUUGCCAGUCGAAAGAUUUGGCUCCCGAAUGUCUCAACCCCCGAAAUGAUUGUUCCGGUUUGCGAAUGUUCUUUGGAACGCGAAUAUCCGACGGGGCUUCCGAUUGGCUGCAGGAGCUAUCUGCAGCCAAUCAGAAGACGCACCUUGGUUCACGAACAGUUUGGAAGUUGAAUGGACUCCCGGAAUGGAUUCUGUUUGACUUCUGAGGUACCACUGUAGUUGCACCGAUGGCUACAGUACAGAAAAGCUUCAGGGCCUGGCAUUCCUGCUAUUGCCAAGCAUUUGAAUACAUGAGGGUCUUCCUUUUCUACAGGUGACAAAGGGAAAAAGAUCUCUGUUACACGUGCAACUCCUGCUCAAAGGAUAAUCCAGCAUCCAUAGGAUUGCAUCAUGGGGAUUUUCCUCACACCUUUUGAUGUACAGUGGUACCCCUGGAUGCAAAUGGGAUCCGUUCUGGAGCCCCGUUUGCAUCCUGAAGCGAACGUAACACGUGACUGCGUGUGCGCGGGUUGCGUUUCGCCGCUUCCAUGCAUGCGCGUGAUGUCAUUUUGAGCGUCUGCACAUGCGCGAGCGACGAAACCCGGAAAUAACGCAUUCCAUUACUUCCGGGUCACUGCGGAGUGCAACCUGAAAAUGCUUAACCUGAAGUGUAUUUAUCCUGAGGUAUGACUGUAAUUCGCAGCCCCGAUUCAAAACAUGGCUCUUCUGAGAAAUAGGAAGGGCUGCUGGUGAAGUGAGUGAGAUCCUUUCUUCAAAUACCACUCUCCUGGUUUACAUUGCCCCCAUCCCCACACCCUGAAGUGACAUUUGGACCUGAAGGAGGAAAUCAUCCAGGUACUUAAAUGUUUCCCACUUCAGAGUGAAUUUCAAUUUGUGGGUGGCUUUUAGACUAGGGAAUAACAAGGGGAGAAGAGGCUAACCAGUGCUACUUUGCUGACAUUUAAAGCAGCUGUGUAGGCAAGCUUGGCUCCAGGUUUCAGGGGGCUUUACUAAUGUUGCUGCUCUGAGGGGGAAUUUUCGUUGUCACUGCCCACGAUGCCCUGGGCUGAUGUAUUGUUGCUCCGUUGUGGGCAAUUGCAACGAUGGCCUCUCAACACUGCUGCACAGAGGAGCCCUAGAAAAUGGUUUCCAGCGCUAUCGCCAACAUCUCACUGACUCAUACAAGACUCUUCUCGGUUGCUGGAGGGGGAAAACGGAACAUUCUGGGAUCGAAUCAUAAACUGGGAUGGCUUCUGUAAUUCGAGGGUGUCCUGGGAAAAUCAGGACAGUUAAGUAUUAUGCAGCAAGGCCUCCAACAGCUGUCCAAGGAGGCGGAUGCCAAAUUGCUAAAAAAAAAGUAUAGGGAUGCUAAAUUGCUAAAAAAAUGAAACUGUGGGAGCUGUCUAUCAGAGAUCUCCUCCAUCUUGUCUGCUCUGAGCCUGAAAGGCAUUUCCCUGUGAUUUCAGGAAAAGAGAAUUUUUACAAUCUGCGGACCUUAUCCGGUAAUCCGUGCAGCUUUAAGGAAGAGAGGCUGGGUAGAGAGAAAGCACACCGUUAAAGGCGACAUUCAGGACCACAAAGAGGAAGGGAAUGAUGCUGAACGCGUUGCCAAAUCUGGUAAGAGCCCUUCAAAUGUAAUUAACCCUUUCGAAUACUUCCCCCUGCUUUUUAAUCUGUGCAGAAAUUGGCAUAAAAAGAUGAGAAAUAAAUGUGCAAGUUUAUAUUUUCCUGAUUUGACCUUUAGGGGAAAAAGUUAUUGUGGGUACCUUGGUAGUUCAUAAUGGUUUAACUUAAUUAUCAUGGGGAAAGGGAGAAUGCUUUGCAUGCUUUUGUUGCAUAUUUCUUUCUCACAGACAAGAGUUGCCAGUCUUCAGGUUUCCCAUAGCCAUGCUUUUUUUUCUAUUAAAAAAAAAGUUUAGGGGUACUCUCAUUUUCCUACUCAUAUUGAAAUACUGCCCCUCAAUGAGGCCAAACUUAGAUUCACAAAAUGUUUAGGGCUCUGCGUACCCCUCCAUCCCCCCAGGAAAAAAAGCACUGCCCAUAGCUCUUGGUUUAGCUACUUCAAUGUCACAGAAUGCUCACAAACAUUCUAGCUAGCUAAGGAGAAGGCUCACUCACGAAAUGUUUAAAAUCCGCGCAGGUGAAAAAAGAGCCAGUGGACAGGACAUACAUAUAUGGAUAUGCUGUUUGCGGAAAGAAAGAGAUUUCAGUUCUUAAUUCAGAUGAGUUUUGUACUGUGAAACUAGACUUCUCCCAUGCUUAAUACAUGUUGGGGGUCAGUUUGCCUCAACACUACAGUGUAGUAACUAUUUCUCCCAUCAGAUUUGAAAACCUUCAUUUUUACCCCGAGAUGAAGAAUCACAUGGUGGUCAGUCACUCAGUUAAAGGAGAAAGGAAGCUUAGCUAGGGUUGCCAUAUUUCAAAAAGUGAAAAUCUGGACACUAAAAUCUCCCCCCACCCAAUAGUUUUUGAGCUAUUUUUUUAAAAAAGUAAAUCUGCCAAAAAACCAACAAUUCUGACAUGGGUUGCCAUAUAGGCAGGGGUCAGCAAACUUUUUCAGAAGAAUGAGUUGCUAACUGUAAAAUGGGAUUAAUAAACUGGAUUAGAAAUGGCCACAACUUUAUUGAUUACAGAUAUAGGUGGAAUUUUGGCUCAGGAAUUGGGUAAUUAAUUAAUUUUUAAAAGGUAAGGGAACUCAGUUCCUAUGAGUUCCUGCUCAAUUUAAUUUGCUGCAAUCUCCUUGAUUUGUCUGAAAACAACACACUGAUGAUUCCUGUUCUGUUAUUUUUCACGGCUCUCUGAAAAGAAAGCAAAACUACUUUGCGUGAUGAGGAAGGUCAGAUUGCCAAUUCAAAUGACAUCCAUGAUAUAAUGGUAAGGUUACAGAGGUAAUGAGCGCUCCGGUGAAGCAACCUUUGUGAAAUACAUAUGAAAAAUCUGCUCUGGAUUUCAUUCCCCUGGUUUUCUACACACCUCUCCACCGCUGGGCAACAUAUUUUGGCCAUGGAGCAAGCUUCGUCCUCAAUGGGCUGUUUUUGAGGUUCCGCCUCCUUCAGGCUCCCCCUGAAAGAUUUUGCAGUUCCCCCAAACCUUCAAAGCCACCACAGCCAUGUGAGAUGUAGCAAGGACCGUUUUGUCUGGAUGGGUUGACUGGAGCAUUUAAUCACCUCAUUUCCAAUUGCAUACUGGCAGUCCUCUCAUGGGGGACACGGGUGGCGCUGUGGGUUAAACCACAGACCUAGGGCUUGCCGAUCAGGAGGUCAGCGGUUCGAAUCCCUGCUAUGGGGUGAGCUCCCAUUGCUUGGUCCCUGCUCCUGCCAACCUAGCAGUUCGAAAGCACAUCAAAGUGCAAGUAGAUAAAUUUUUAUGAAAUAAAUAAAUAUUGGGUUAAUAGGAUAGGAGUUUCCUGGUGGAAUCAUAAUGCAGCCUUCUUUGGGUCAGUCUAGGUUGGUAAGAAAUGAAGAAACUACCUUUUACUGGACGAUAAAAAAGGAUGCCGUCGAUUAUUAUAAUCUCCACAUUGAUCAGAUGCUGAACCAUUAUGCAAGAACUGGCUCCUUUACAACUAAAGUAAGUAGUGUAAAUAGUGGACAGGAUAACUUGCCAUUACAUCAGUGGCUGACUUCUGGUAUCAGAACUGUAAAGAAAGCAACGUGUGGGAUUUUCUGUGCAAUAAAAGCAGUCUUGUAGCCGAAUCGGUGCUUCCCAUCUCUUCCCAUCCCCCACAUCGUUUUGGAAUUUUAGGAAUUCCAAAAAAAUCCACCCAUUUUGUCAGAAACCACCCCCACCAAUAAAGAAAGCUCAGCAUUGGUAUUGAUAAGGGAACACAUCCUAAUUGUGUGAGCUUUGAUUUCUUACACUUAUUACUGAUCGAUACUACCUACAAGAUAAAAAGCAGCUGGUGAGAACCUCUGCUUUCAUCUUGUUUAGAAGGAUUGUAUUGUUCCACCCAGGUUCUUGCAGAGCGCAAGCUGUUGCUUGCCAGCUUCCACCUCCUUCCUGAUUUUCUCCAACGCUUGCCACCUUUUCCUUGCAGAAUUUUAUAUGCAUAAGGUAUCUACUGUUAACCGGCCCUUUGCAAUGGGCGAGUGCCUUGGUCUAAUUCAGGGGUCAGCAAGCAUUUUUUGGAGGGGGCUGGUUCACCGUCCCCCAGACCUGCGAGCGGCAGAGGCUGUCGGCGGUGGUGGAGGGAUGAGCAAUCUGAAAGGGCUGGCUGGCUCCGGAAAGGCGCUUCCCAAAAUGGUGCUCAGCCAUCUCAGCCCAGCCCCCUUCCUCCUCUAGGCAGGUGAAAUAUACUCAGAGUCCUGUAGUGAUUUCAUGCUCUUUAUUGCAGCUUGUAAAACAGUGAUUGACUUGCCCCCCAAACCUCAGGCUUUUAUAUACAUUAUUUAAACAGUGAGUCCCAUCUGAUUGGCUGAUUCUGCUUCCCUCCUGGAGCCUGAUUGGUCUUUUCCUGCAGGCCAAUCAGUUGUUGCAUUCUACGAUCCUACCAGCCUAAUAGGCUGAUUAACUUCCUCCUGGAGCCUGAUUGGUCUUUUCCUGCAGGCUAAUCAGUUGUUGCAUUCUACGAUCCUACCAGCCUAAUAGGCUGAUUAACUUCCUCCUGGAGCCUGAUUGGUCUUUUCCUGCAGGCCAAUCAGUUGUUGCAUUCUACGAUCCUACCAGCCUAAUAGGCUGAUUAACUUCCUCCUGGAGCCUGAUUGGUAUUUUCCUGCAGGCCAAUCAGUUGUUGCAUUCUAGGUUCCUACUUGCCUAUUGUUCUAGAAUCCAAGCUUAGUACGUAACAGCAGGGCGGGGAGAAGCUAGGAGGAGGGAGGGAGGAGGCGCUGUGGUGUGUGUGGGGGGGAUGGCAUCCAAAAAAUGACGGCACUGAAAAAAAAUUAAUGGAAAAAAAUAACAAACAGAAUCGCCGACCCACAGAAUGUCUGCAGGCUGGAUCCUGAGGGCAAUUGUGCUGGAUCCGGCCUGCGGACCGUAGUUUGCUGACCCCUGGUCUAAUUCCUUCCGUUGCAUCACGGCACCAUGUUUUGGGUCUGGGCAGCACCGUUUACUGAAUGGAAGGGAUGCUGCUGUACAGGAGAAAAACAGAGCCAAAGUGCUUGCUUGCUGGCAAACUCUCUUCCAUCCCAUUAGGAAAUCAGAAAUCACCUUGAGGGCCACAUCAAUGAUGCAUAAGGCUCUUACAAAUACCGAUGGCGUUCACUUGACUGCUUUCCAUUCCUGUCCACAGAUAAAACCCGCCAACGGCAGCAAUUUUCACCAGAAUGCUGCAAUGCUCCUAUGCAUGCUGAAUUUAUUUGACCCCAUCUACACCAAGUUGUAAGGGAUGUGGGUGGCGCUGUGGAUUAAACCAGAGAGCCUGGGGCUUGCCAAUCAGAAGGUCGGCGGUUCGAAUCCCCGCGACGGGAUGAGCUCCCGUUGCUCAGUCCCUGCUCCUGCCAACCUAGCAGUUCAAAAGCAUGUCAAAGUGCAAGUAGAUAAAUAGGUACCGCUCCGGUGGGAAGGUAAACGGCGUUUCCGUGUGCUGCUCUGGUUCACCAGAAGCGGCUUUGUCAUGCUGGCCACAUGACCCAGAAGCUGUACGCCGGCUCCCUCUGCCAAUGAAGCGAGAUGAGCGCUGCAACCCCAGACUCGGCCAUGACUGGACCUAAUGGUCAGGGGUCCCUUUACCUUACACCAAGUUGUAUCUUUAUCACUAAACCUUGUACAUAAUUGUCUGUUGUAUUAUUUAACAUUACUUUUAAUAUAUUAGUUGCCCCGCGGUGAUUUUAGCUUAUAAAUUUUAAUGUCUAAUGUUUGAAUUUGUAUAUUAAGGAGUUUUUGUAGUUUUGUGCGGAUCAGGUCAUGUUUUGACAAUACAAAUGUUUUAGGUUUUGUAUCAAACUAGUAUAUAUUUUAUUGAAUGACGUUGUAUACAUUGCAGCGGCCUUUGGCUAUAAGCAAUAAACUUGACUGACUGACUGCCAAUUCUCUAUGCAUGCUGAGUGCAUGGUUGGUAGGGGCCAUGAUGGGUCACGACUCUGCUCCCACCUCCCAAAAACAGCCAGGGUGUUUUUCUGACACUCCUUCCACAGUACUGCUGAAGCCCAGAAGGCCUGGUUAUGUAAACUCCCUCGAUGGGAACCGUAUGCAGGCUCCUCUGAGAGAAAGCAGAGUAAAAAUGUAAUUUAAAAACGAAGGCUGAUCUCUGGAUACAUGUGUCCAAAGACUGCAUUGGAUUCCAGGGAGGAGAAGCAGCUCCAGUCCGCAAAACUACAGUACCUGAUAGAGUAAAGUAAAACGGGUAAAAGUAAAGGACCCCUGGAUGGUUAAGUCCAGUUGAAUUCAACUACGGGGUGUAGUGCUCAUCUCUACUUUCAGGCUGAGGGAGCCGGCGUUUGUCCACAGACAGCUUUCCGCGUCAUGUGGCCAGCAUGACUUAACCGCUUCUGGUGCAAUGGGACACUGUGGUGGAAGCCAGAGCAAAUGGAAACACCAUUUACCUUCUGCAGUGGUACCGACCGUAUUUUUCUGUGCAUAAGACGCCCCCAUGUAUAAGACGACCCCUAUUUUAUUUAACCCAAAAUUAAGAAAUUAAGUUAGCUUUUUUGGGGGGGGGUAGGCCAAUCGCUCACCCGCCUGCCCACCACUGCCAAUCGCUUGCCACAGCCACUGCCAAUUGCACACCUCGCCGCAGCCGCCAAUUGUCUGCCUGCUCGCCGCCAGCAACAGCCCACCCACCCACUUGCCACAGCCGCCAUUCGCCUGCCCAAUUGCCACAGCCAAUCACCAGCAGACCUUGCCGCAGCCCCCAAUCACCCGCCCAAUCGCUGCCGCCAAUCUUCUGCUUGCUGCUGCCAUUAAUCACACGUCCCCCCUCUGCAUUCACUAUCUGAAGACAACACCCAAUUCUUGCCUAUUUUUUUUUUUUAACAAAAAGCAUCGUCUUAUACAUGGAAAAAUACGGUAUUUAUCUACUUGCGCUGGGGUGCUUUCAAACUGCUAGGUUGGCAGGAGCUGGGACAGAGCAACGGGAUCUCACUCCAUAAGCAGACUUAGUACAUAUAUCAUUUUUACACAUUUGGAGAGAGGCAGGAUUGUUUUCUUAGAAUCACAGAAUCCUUCCUUUUUCUUUUGACUUGCAUGUGUCUAUUAAAGCAACCACCCUCAGGUAAUACCCUUGUUUUAUUUAAAGAUUGGGCUUUGUUUGCAUAUGAGGAAUUUGCCAUGGUAUGUGUCAGCCAACCCAAACGCUUUCUUCCCUCGGUGUUACGGCAUUUGCAUGGACGACGAGAAACUAGAUUUUAUUGGUGAGUUGCUUUAAAUUUCUUUCCUUUCGGUCUUGGGAAUGUGGCACGGUUUUAGCCUUGAUAGUCAGAAAUGUUUUAUAUGCUUACUUUUAAACAUGCACAGUUAUUUUCCUUUGAGGGGGGCAUGUUCAGUGACUCACGCAGGCCAUCCAUGAACAGUGCUGGAUUUACGUAUAAGCUAACUAACUAACUAACUAACUAACUAAAUAAGCGCGGGUGGCGCUGUGGUCUAAACCACAGAGCCUAGGGCUUGCCAAUCAGAAGGUCGGCGGUUCGAAUCCCCGCGACGGGGUGAGCUCCUGUUGCUCGGUCCCAGCUCCUGCCAAUCUAGCAGUUCAAAAGCACACCAGUGCAAGUAGAUAAAUAGGUACCGCUCCGGAGGGAAGGUAAACGGCGUUUCCGUGCACUGCUCUGGUUUGCCAGAAGCGGCUUAGUCAUGCUGACCCAGAAGCUGUACGCCUGCUCCCUCGGCCAAUAAAGCGAGAUGAGCACCGCAACCCCAGAGUCGGCCACGACUGGACCUAAUGGUCAGGGGUCUCUUUACCUUUAAACAAGCUAUAGCUUAGGGCCCCACUCUCUUGACGGCUCCCCAAAAAAUUAAAGGGAAAAAACCUGGAUGUACAUUUCCAAAAUAUAAGAUAAAAAACAAAUAAAAUAAAACCUACAGUACAUACAGCAACGGUGUUCUGUGUUGCGUAGGCUCCUAUUUGUUAUGUGCAAAUGGCUUUAGAUACAGUGGUACCUCGGGUUACAUAUGCUUCAGGUUACAGACUCCGCUAACCCAGAAAUAUUACCUCGGGUUAAGAACUUUGCUUCAGGAUGAGAACAGAAAUCGUGCUCCAGCAGCGCGGCGGCAGCAGGAGGCCCCAUUAGCUAAAGUGGUGCUUCAGGUUAAGAACAGUUUCAGGUUAAGAACGGACCUCCGGAACGAAUUAAGUACUUAACCCGAGGUACCACUAUACCUAUUAGGUCCAUAAAUUACCAUAUAGCAUAUAUUCAACACAAAAAACAGUGACAAUUUGUUGAGAAAGGACAUUUGGACGUAUAAAGGGCCUAUAAAGGGCCCAUUACCUUCAGUAGCUCAGGGCCUCAUCAAACCUAAAUCCAACCCUGUGCAUGAAAACACUUGCAGUUGCAGAACUAAAAGUUGCCCUGUGGUCAUUUACUUGCCACACUGAGGUUUAUGAUUUGGGACACAUGCAGGGGCCAGCAAGUGGCAAAAUGUUUACUGGAUUUAUGUGGACUUUGUAAUGCUCUCACCAAAUUCUUACAAAACUCCCCAGGGCUCUGCUAUUUAAGUUGUGUUUUGCUUAAUGGGACAAAGUCCAAAAUCGUAUGUCAUUUAUUUCAGAUGACUUCAGGAAAACAGCAGCAUCUUCCAUAAUCAAAUGGGUUGUCAAUUCACGUAUUUCGGGUGAUACCUGUAACAGGCUAAGUAAAGAAAAUGCUGAUAAGGAAGAUGAGACUUCCACUAAAGGUAUUGCUUAGUUGAUGUAUUAAUAUUACAAUUUUUUUUAAAAAAAUGUUCAUCUGACAUUGUUGGCGAGUGGAGGGAAAACCUUCAAAAGCCAUUGCUAGUAGACAAGCUAAGAUAAACAGUUAAUUCAGUAUUUUUGUGUGCUCUUAUUUUAAAUUUUGAUUUAGACUAAGGUUGCUUGCAGAUGACCUAUUUAUUGAGCCCUCACCCUGAUUUCUUUGCACAAAGUUUGCAGAGAGGUUUUCCGACAUCCACAGUUUAUUGUGCCUUCAUUCUGGUUGGUUUGUGGAGAGGUUAUCUGACAUUGUGUCAGAUAACUAAAUUGUGUCAGAUAGCUAACCAUCUUGGCUGCGAGUCCUGGAAGACCUGCUCCUUGCCUUGCAGUCCUUUCCUCAACCUGGCCUGGGAGGGCAGAACCCUGACUGACUCCAGCUACAAAAGUUGUGGCUGCUGAAACGAGAAAGCUACACGUAUACAAACAAUAGCCCCUCCCCCGACUUUGAGAUUUCAGCAAAAUAACUGAGUGUGUAUGCAGUGUCAAUUCUCUCUACAGUUCUAAGAUACAGUGGUACCUUGGUUUAAGAACAGCUUAGUUUAUGAACCGCUUGGAAUAAGAACGCUGCAAAUCCGGAAGUAGGUGUUUUGGUUUGUGAACUUUGCCUUGGAAUAAGAACAUGUUUCGCUUCCUGAUGAGUGUGUUCCAUUUGUAAAUUGAGCCCCCCGCUGCUAAUCAGAGGCUUCCUGUUGAGUCUGUCGGCUGUUUAAGUCCCGAGCACCCACACAACAUAGAGGUGAUAUUUGGAGCUUUUUUUUUUUCCUCCUUUUUUUUUGCGUUUAUGGGACUGACUUGUAACUGUGGCUUGUGACUUCGUUUUUGUGACUUGUUUUUGUGGCUGUAUGGAACCCAGUUCAGCUACUGGUUGAUUGUGUGACUGCAGAAUUGGAUAAAAGCCCCCCAUCCAAACAAUGGCUAUCAUCAGUGUACGUAAGGAAUUUUUUUUUUUAAUCACCUACAAUACUGUCUUAUUUAUUUUAUAGUACAGUACAUUGAUUAUUGCCAUCAUUUUAUGGAUCAAUGGUCUUGUUAGAUAGUAAAAUUCAGGGGCGGCCACCAGGUGGCGCAUUGGAAGAUGGCCGACAAUAACAUCUCUCUGACCCACACGAGGUAAUUAAGAGGCUGCUAUGGGAAGUAUGCAGCCUUCCCCCCCCCAAGAAGAUGGGGGGGACUGCCUUGCCAGCGGUGGCCAUAAUGCACCCCUGGAUUCGAGAGAAGGGGGUGCCCCGGUCACUUGGCACCAGCCCUCGGUGAAGUCGGCUCUUCCUGGACGCCGUCUCCAAUCUGCGCGUGCUGGUUUGCUUUAGCUCGAAAAUACAAUUGUAAAUAUAUAAUUGGAAGAUGUUAAAGCACAUGCGUCAAGCAAAGGUCGGGAGAUAAGACUGAUGAUUAAUGGAUCUCUGGGAUCGGAGCGGCGGACGAGGACAAAUAAAUCAAGCGAUGAAGCGCCAUUAAGAGAUUGGUAUGUCUGGAGUGAAGAAGGGGGGGGGUGGAGGAAAAAACUUUUCUUUUCUUUGCCUUAUGUGAAUAUUAAUAACCCUCCACCCCAAAGAAGAAUCGCUGUAUUUUAUUACACAAGCAGGAAUUUAAAAACUGUGUGGAAUGAAUUAAUGAUGAAUGAAGAGAGGAUUGGUAAAUAUCAGAGAAUGGAAAAAUUCUAUGACGCAGUUUUAAAAUGGCGUCUCGCAUAAAAAGGCUUGUAAAGACGGGGGGAGGAGAACCAGGAUUAUUGGAAUGUGAAUGGUGAUUGGAAUUUGAUCUUAACAUGGCAGAGCCCUCUAUGAGAUAUUUUACAAGCCUGGGAAAACUAAAGGGCAGACCGAAGAUAAACCUUUGAAGGAGGAGGGGAAUGGUGGCUGUCCCUAUGAGAUACGACUUGUGGAGUGUGUAAAACCCACACAGACAAUGUUUGCUUCCAACCUGCCUGUGAAGAUUAUCAGAGAUCGCAAAGAAAGGAAUAUAUGACAACAACAAGAAGAUGAAGAAAGUAAUAAAGAGACUAUCUGGAUAGAACUGUUUAAUUAAAGCAGAAAUAGAAGUGAUGUUUGGAUCCUCGUUCGGAGCUUGAUGUAUGGGUACCCCCAACAAAAUUGAAAAAUUUGGCUGUAUAAUUUGGAAUUAAUGUGAUUUGAAAUAAUGUGAUAUGAUUGGCCUGUUAAUAAAAAUUAUGUUUUAAAAAAAUAGAUAGUAAAAUUCAAGUUAAACUGCUGUUUUAGGGGUUGUUUUUCAUCGUCUGGAACGGAUUAAUCCAUUUUCCAUUACAUUCUAUGGGAAAGCACACCUUGGUUUAAGAAUGCUUUGGUUUAAGAACAGACUUCCAGAAUGGAUUAAGUUCGUAAACCGAGGUACCACUGUAGUGAAAAAGGGAAACACAAACAUGUUUGUUAAUGAGAAAGCAUUGGUGUCAAAGUAUUGGUUUCAGGAGAAAAUGCACUUUUGAUGGAAUUGUUGUGUAGUUUUCAUUCUAUUUUACCAUUUAUUUAUUUAUUUAUUUAUUUAUUUAUCUAUCCUUUGAGGAGUUUUAAGUGGCAUAUACGGCUCUCCGACUCCCCGUUUUAUCCUCACAACAACCUGUGAGGUGGGUUUGGCUGAGAGACAGCUACUGGCUCAAUAUUCCCCAGUGAGCUUCAUGGCCUGUUGGGGAUUUGAACCCCGUUCUCCCGGGUCCUAGAGACACGGGUGGCGCUGUGGUCUAAACUACUAAGCCUCUUGGGCUUGCCGAUCAGAAGAUCGGCAGUUCGAAUCCCCGCAACGGGGUGAGCUCCCAUUGCUCGGUCCCUGCUCCUGCCAAUCUAGCAGUUCGAAAGCAAGUCAAAGUGCAAGUAGAUAAAUAGGUACCACUCCGGCGGGAAGGUAAAAGGCAUUUCCGUGCACUGCUCUGGUUCGCCGGAAGCGGCUUAGUCAUGCUGGCCACAUGACCUGGAAGCUGUACGCCGGCUCCCUCGGCCAGUAAAGCGAGAUGAGAGCCGCAACCCCAGAAUCGUCCUCAACUGGACCUAAUGGUCAGGGGUCCCUUUACCUUUACGUCACGAGUCCUAGUCCAACCCUCAAUCUACUACCUAGUUUUGUGUUUUAGGCCUUGCUUCAGAAGCUACAGUUCCAUUCAUGCUCUGUUCUACGCUGUCUCUCAAAUCCUAAUUUCCCUCUUCCUUGCCAGCACAUUAAAGCACACACCUUCACCUGUAGUAUCCUGGGAACUGUAGUUUGUUAAGGGUACAGGGCAUAGUAGCUCAGUGAAGGGUAAACUACAGUUCCCAGGAUUCCUUGGGUAAAGCAAUUUGCUUUAAAUGUACGUUGUGUACAUAGCCUACACUGCAAGACCAUUUUCAGUGUGUGCUUCGUUGCUCACCACAAAUACUGCUGAUCAUGCUGCCCAUUUUCUGCUUUAGUCUUCCCACAUAAAUACUCGUGGGGUAUUUUGUGUGCUGUGCCCCUCCUGCUGCUGUUGAGGCAUUUUAAUUUUAAUUUUACUGCUGCAGCUGCUUCUUCUUCUGUGUGAUGGCAUUAUGGCAUAAUAGCAACACAUCUUUUUAAAACAGCAAAACACAUCAAAAAAAUUCGAACAAGGACGCAAAAAAGACCAAAAAGGUGUGGCAGUUUCAGAAAAACGAGAAAAAAGAACCAAACCGGUAAGAGCAGUUUUGGACACUGCCUUGGUUAGAAUAACACGAGGUGUUACUGGUUAAAAUGAGCUGCAUUUAGAACAUGUAAACAAGGCACCUUAGAAUCACAUCAAAAUUAAGUGUAGUUGCUUCAAACCAAUAAAUACAUAACAGAAUGAAAAAUAAAUCUAAAGAGCGACUAGAGCAACUUUAAAACAAUUUAUAUAUUUUUUGAAAAUAAUAUUUAUUAAGUUUUCCAAUUUAAUAAUCCAAUUAAAACCACAUUAAAACAUUCCAAAUUACAAUACAAUCAGAAAAGCCAAAUAUAAAUGCCAAAUUAUAUAUCUUUGGGUGACUUCCCAUGCUCUGAAUUUCAUGAAGUGCUGAUAAUCUAAUAUUACAUUGCAUUUCUUAAUCAAUCAAUCAAUCAAUCAAUCAACCAUUCUGAUGUUAAUCCUUCAUUUAAUUUUCAUUUGUUUUUGCAACCACUAGUCUGUUCAACUUCCGCCUUCUGGGUUCUGUAUGAAAUAUUUUUCCCUGUUGUUAUCCACACUCCAGCAAUUCCAUUUUCAGUUUCUGCUCACAGGGGCCAUAAUAUGCCACAUCCCAAACAAAGAGACGCCAUUGGCAGACAUCCAGAAUUUCCCUCUGUAAUCUCGCCCCAUCUCUCAACAUGCUGGCACCUCUGCCGAAACACAAUAACUCCUGUCCAGAAUUCUUUGCAUCCUUCCGCUGAGGGUAGCUGCCAGAAUCUUCACCCAGUCAGUAUUACAAUUAAAGCACAAUGGCAGCAGGAUGCCCUUUCAGUCCCGCUUGCAUAUUUCAAACAGUUUCCUUUCGGGGGAGGUUUACCAGGUAAAACUGCAAGUACAAAUAUAUCAAAAGAGAGUAAUAAAGGCUCACCUCCCCCUGGGGCUAUACAAUUAAUCCAUCACUUAAUUCAACAAGCAUGUCAGUCCUUUGUGCUGUUGUUCUUGCUCCUCAGCGAUGUUAACUUUCAUUUUCUGCUCACAGGGAUAAUUUUAACCGUGUUACAGUCCACCAUUAAUCCCGGGCAGAUAUCCAGAAUUCUUCUCUUUGGUCUCUUUCCAGCUGCUAAUGAGAUGGUGCCUCUGCACUAACAAUAACUCCAAUCAGGAAUUCCUUUCAUCUUUCCCUUAAUGGUCAUUGCUAGUCAAAAUUUCACACAGUCCAUUUCGUAGUUAAGCUUAGCGGCCACUCACGUAUUUCAAACAGUUAUUUUAUCCCCGCUAGUUCAGAGCAUGCCUGUUAAUUAAGUCCGAAUUUUUAUCUUAAAAAACAGGUGUCCUCUGCUCAUGGCUCCGGCUCUGGAGAGUUCCCAAGACGCAUGGUGCAUUGCACCUAGCUCCCCCUGCCCCCCGCGUUCCUUCAGGAUGGGCAGCAGGUAUUGGACAAUCUGUGGGUUGGCUGCUCCCGACCUCAGCCCUGGGGGGUUGGGUUGGGAGGAUAAUUACUCCCACAUUAUCCACACGAAAGGGCUCCACUGUUAUGGGUACAGCUGUUCGCCAUGGCAGCCAAACAGGAACUCCAUAAAACAAUCUAUAAACGUGUAAAAUCCACCAACUAGUGUACAAGCACAAGUACAAAUCGUUUUAUUAUGGUCAAUGACCAGUAUCAAGACAAAAACACCAAUUACAAAAUGUAAAAGCUCAAAACAAGAUUAAAAUUAUAUAAAAUCGCAUAUACAUUUUUUAAAAAACAGUUCUGGGUGGUCAAUAAUAUGUCAGAAAGGAAACCCUUAUGACCUAGAAGUUUCCAUUGGUCGAUAUAUUAUACAUUAUAUAUUAUACUAAUCCUGGGUGCUAAUCAUUAAAUGUCAUAUUUUGAUCAUUCAAGAUCUGGGCAAAGGAAAUAUACACUUUAAAAGACUCCUUAAAAAUCCGACAUAGGUGCCUGACAGAUGUGCCACUCCAAGAUCUUACAUGCAUGUCUUAGAAACCACUAAUCUCACUUCUUAAAUCAAGGUAUCUGGACAAAGCUGGCCUAAUUAAUCUUAGUACAGUGGAACCUCAGUUUUCAAGCGUUUUGAAAUCUGAACGAUUCGGAACCUGAAUGCCGAAAACCCGGAAGUAAUUGCUUCCAUUUUCGAACACGUCUCAGAAGUCGAACGGCUUCCGAGGUGCGUUUCUCAAUUUCCCCCAUUGAACUUGCUGACAGCCCAUGCAGCCCCAGUUGGCAAACAGUCUUUCGGAACAGAUUAUGUCCAACAACCGAGGUUCCACUGUAUAUGGAACAGUUCAUAUGGGAACUGGCAGUCCUAGAACAUUUGCUGCUUGAAGCUCUAGAACAGCGCUGCCCAAACUUGGGUCUCCAGCUGUUUUUUGGACUACAACUCCCAUCAUCCCUAGCUAGCAAGACCAGCGGUCAGGGAUGGUGGGAACUGUAGUCCAAAACCAGCUGGAGACCCAAGUUUUGGAACGAUUGCUCUUCUUUAAGCACUAGCAAGGUGCGACAAAUUCUAGGUCCUCUUGAUGGUACUAAAUCAGAAGGGUAUCACAUUAUUAGGGUACUUUCCCAUGAGCUGGAAACCUAAAAAUGGGGCAACAUGUAGUCUGAGACAGGCUGAAAUAUGGGGCACGUGUCUGCCUGUGUGUCAAAAUGGGGGGUUAAUAAAUUUCCCCACAUGCCAGAACUUUGAAGUUUAGUAUAUACAUAAUCCCAGAUAGAAUUUUGAGCAAAAUCUCAAAAUGGGUCAUUUCUGUAUUUGAAAGGCAGUCUAUAAGACAUAAAGCUGGAGGAAGUAAAGCAUAUGUUUUCCAAUGCAUAGCAAGUCAGUUUCCAUGGGAUAUGCAAUGUUGCCGCUCGAAGGCUUCUGUUGUCUUUUGACACAUUUGGAUCAGACCCGGACUAGACAUUGUUGGCAGAAGUCAGUUGGUAGAGUUCACCACACCUCAGCCAGUGUGAUGUAUCAGCAGAGUAUGAAGAACCCUAGCAAGAGUCUUCAGAGAUUUCCGUCUCCCAGCAGAACAGCUUUUUCCAGACCCACCGUUAGGAUGUCAUACAAGAUGGCGCCUCUGGACUUCAUUUAUUGGUUCCCCAAAUGACAAUUCAUUUUCAUUUUAUGGAAAUAUCUGAACUUCAGGCUAUUCACCUGAAAUGACUGAUACACAUCCUACCAUGUCAUGGAAACAAUUGAAGGCGUUUUUUCUUCUAACAGGCUUUUCCAUCAGAGUAAAUGGGUCUGUUGUGCAUUGUUCUAAUUUUGUUUAAGACAUAUUUGCUGUUCUUUGUGUUUCAAUCUUUUCUUUGCUGUUUUUAUUGCAUAUCACCUUGAGACGAUUGUGUAGAAGAUGAUCAAUACAUGAUGAUGAUGAUGAUGAAUAAUUGCAUGUCCCUUACAGAGGACUCUUGAUGAGAGAAGGUUUUGCCUGCAGGGAGAGAGCACAUCACUAAUAAAUACUUUGCUUCGUAUUCUGUAGAUUCUGAUGAUAAGAAAGCAAAAGAGCUCCCCGAAAGACUAGUCGAGAUGGCUUGCAAAGUGUGCGAAACCUAUCUUGCACAAUUUGAACACAGUGACAUUGACUCGGAGGCAGAAACUACUCCUGUACUUUCCGACAGAGAAUGGAAUCAAUUAAUUGAGCAGUAUUACUCUCUCAUUCAGUAAGUGUUCACUUCAGCGUCUAAUUGUGUUGACAGAAGAUUGUGACCCUUUCUCUUGAUUCCUUACUCUUCUUACCAUCUCUACUGAAUCGAGGUUCUGAGUGCAGAAUUCUAAUUCAGAUUAAGAACUGGGAAUUUCAUAUGGAUCCAGGAAGGGGGGGGGGAUCUCAGAUGAAUUAAAAUAAAGCUCAAGGGUAUCAUCUUGUGAGUGUACUUUAGGAGAAUAGUGAAGUCAUAUAAAUAGUGAAGGACAUAUAAAGGGCCCCACUACCUUCAGCAGGGCUGUCUUAAGCAUAUGCGGUGGUGGGGUGCAAAGAUCCACCCAGCACCACCCCCCCCCCAGGUUGCCCAGUCCCAGGCACACAGGAGGGCGAGGGCGAAGCCGCCUGCCUGCCUGCCAGCCUGCCUCAGCGUCUCGCUGGCUCAGUCGCCGACCGACAGACGGGCUCUUCCCCGGACUCAACUCUUGGGCCCCGGACUCUUGGCCUGGUGCUCCUGAAAGCCCGGCACCUGGGUGCCCUACACCCCAGCGCCUAUGGGUAAGACGGCCCUGACCUUCAGUAGCUUAGGUAAAGCGAAGAACAAACCUAAAUCCUGCCCUGCUGGCAGCCAUGUUUUAGCCAAGCUGGCAUGCUCUGAGCUAUAUGGGGAGAGGAGAGAGAAAGCAGUUUAAAACUCUGUGUCAAAUAGAUCAACCAGCAGGGCGAUGAAAGCCAAUCCCUCAGUAAUUGUCAAUCACCCAGUAAUUGGAGCUCAAGUCAAAUUUAAAGUGCUGUACAGUGGUACCUCGGGUUACAUACACUUCAGGUUACAGACUCCGCUAACCCAGAAAUAUUACCUCAGGUUAAGAACUUUGCUUCAGGACGAGAACAGAAAUUGUGCUUGGCAGCGCGGCAGCAGCAGGAGACCCCAUUAUCUAAAGUGGUGCUUCAGGUUAAGAACAGUUUCAGGUUAAGAACAGACCUCCGGAACAAAUUAAGUACUUAACCCGAGGUACCACUGUACUGAAAUUCCUCCAUGGCACCCACACUGUGUAACAGCCUCCCAUCAGAUGUCAAAGAGAUAAGUAACUAUACAACCUUUAGAAGACAUCUGAAGGCAGCCCUGUAUAGGGAAUUUUUAAAAUGUUUGAUUAUUAUUUUUUAGGUUUCUGUAUAUGCUAGAAGCCGCCUAGAGUGUCUGGGUUGACCAGGACAGACAGACAGUGUACCAAUAAGAAAAUUAUUAUUAUGAAUUAUUCCUCCCGUCCUGGAAAAACCACAAGAAUUCAUAGCACUUUAAAGACCAAGAAAGUCCACAAGCUGUUAUAAGACUGUUAGUCCCCCUCCCUUUUCAAAUACUGUACCUGAAAUAACCAUUCUUUUAUUUUUAAUUGCAGGAAGCAUUUCUAACAUGUUUCCUACGGAGUUUUGACAUGGUUGGGUUUUUUUUCUUUCAGUGAGGGUGCAGUGAUUUGUAACGCAGAGAACUAUUUUACUCAGUGUCAAAAUAUUUUGCGCAGAAUUAUAUCAGUAAACCCGCAACGAGAUAUCGAUGGCCUCCACAACAUCUGGAUUAUUAAACCUGGAGCCAAAUCCCGUGGCAGAGGUAAGAAUAUUAUUACCCUUUGGUGAAUAAAGACAUCAAGCACAGGAAUGCUUUUUGGGAAGUCUGAAUAGGAGAAACUCAUAGGUUCUGCUUGGCAGGUAAAAGCAAUCCUAUCCUAUUCUCUUUUUAAGAUGAUGUCUAGACAUCAUCUUAAAAAGUAGAGACAUCAUCUUGCUGACAAAGAUCCGUAUAGUAAAAGCUAUGGUUUUCCCAGUAGUGAUGUAUGGAAGUGAGAGCUGGACCAUAAAGAAGGCUGAUCGCCGAAGAAUUGAUGCUUUUGAAUUAUGGUGCUGGAGGAGACUCUUGAGAGUCCCAUGGACUGCAAGAAGAUCAAACCUAUCCAUUCUGAAGGAAAUCAGCCCUGAGUGCUCAAUGGAAGGACAGAUCGUGAAGCUGAGGCUCCAAUACUUUGGCCACAUCAUGAGAAGAGAAAACUCCUUGGAAAAGACCCUGAUGUUGGCAAAGAUGGAGGGCACAAGGAGAAGGGGACGACAGAGGACAAGAUGGUUGGACAAUGUUCUCGAAGCUACCAGCAUGAGUUUGACCAAACUGCGGGUGGCAGUGGAAGACAGAAGUGCCUGGUGUGCUCUGGUCCAUGGGGUCACGAAGAGUCGGACACGACUAAACGACUAAACAACAACAACAACAAUCCUAUUCUCUCAGGCAUUUGGAGUAAAUUAGUAACCACUUUUCAGUUUUAUUGUUCCCAUACUGCUGCGCUGUUGGUUGUAUUUAUUAAUUGGGUUGUUGUUAAGAAAUGUUAUUUAUAUGUGCACUCAGUCAUCUAUGAAAUAUUAAUUGUACACCAGUACAAUACCAAACUGCGGGAGGCAGUGGAAGACAGGAGUGCCUGGCGUGCUCUGGUCCAUGGGGUCACGAAGAGUCGGACACGACUAAACGACUAAACAACAACAAUACUGAUAAUGGUACUUUUUCAAAUAGGUUAAUCUAAAAGGACCCUCUUUUGGAGUAACUCUUACUUUUAGGGAUUGUCUCUGGCUUUUAAAAAUAAGAUUAUAUUGCUUCUCAGCCUGCAAAAUGCACAAAUGGACUGAAUUUAUACGCUCUCUGGCCAUUAUGCACAAUCCCCAAUGGGACUUCAAGUAUGGGCAUUUCUCAGUUGAAUUUUGUACAUUUCCUGGCUAACAUGCACAUUCCCCAAAGGCUGUUGGGGAUGAUGUGUGAUGAGUGGAGAAUGUACAGAAAUCAUUGAAUAAAUGCACAUUUCCCAAGGCCUCUAUAAGAUUAUAUAUAUUGACUGGGAAAUGUGCACAAUUCCCCCUUCUCAGGUCUUAUACAUUUGGAGGCUGCCUAAUACUGGAUUAGGUAAAUGGUUCCUCUAGCUCAACAAAAGAACAGCAGCAGCCGUUCAAAGGUUUCAAACAGGAGACUUUCGUAAUCCUACCUGGAGAUAGUGAAGAUUGAAUCUGAGGAAUUUUUUUUGCAUGCAGAUCAAAUGCUAUGCCACUUAGCUACAGUCUCCUCAAAGCUACAUUUUCUCACCUUGUAUUCAUGCAUUGCUUUCUGUAUACACUAUUUUAAAUUUUCAUAUUUUUAUUCUCUCUUUUUAUAAUUUUUUUAAUUAAAUUUUCUGUUUUACAAUUUUGAAUAUUCAUUUAAACAACCUUAAAACAUCAAAAACUUCCCUUCUUCUCUUUCCAUGGUUCGUUUUGCAUAACAUAAAUCCCUGCAUAUUUUAUAUAAGCCAUUCAGUAUUCCAUUAUUACAUCCAUCAAAACUUAUUUACACUGUUGAAUUUAUCUUAAUGCUGCCAACGUUUUCAAGUCUACACAAUUACCCCUCAAAUAUUCAACAAAGAUUUUCCAGUCUCCUUUAAACGUAUGUUCUUCUUGUUCUCUUAUUCUGUAUGUUAGGUCCGCAAGCUGCGCAUUUUCCAUUCACAUUUUUAUUUUCAUGUCUUCUAGAAAUAGUAUGCAAGAACCGACUGGAUGAUAUAUUAAAACUAGUGGAACCAACAGACCAGUUUCCAAUAAAGGACCACAAGUGGGUUGUCCAAAAGUAUAUCGAAACUCCCCUAUUGAUCUUUGAUACAAAGUUUGAUAUUAGACAGUGGUUUCUUGUGACAGAUUGGAACCCGCUGACUAUAUGGUUCUACAAAGAAAGCUAUCUGAGAUUUUCCACGCAGCGCUUCUCCUUAGACAAUCUGCACAGGUAACCAACAGUAGACCAUGCUAUAGUGUUUUUAUUGUGUGGGACCUAGUUUGAGCACAUGAAACCAAGGGGUGAAUAAAUGUGUUGACAUUGUUGCGUGUCGAGGUCCCCAAGCCACCCCACCCAAAUAACUCACAACAGACACAUAAUUUUUGCUUAAGGUUUUUGGCAUAAUUUUGGCCACAACUUUAUUGAAAUACAUAAAUGUGAGUGGUUGCUUAGGCAUUGGUUAAGACUAUCUGUCCCCCCGCCUGGGGACAGAACGGACUUCCGGACACCAAUGGAAGCCAGUAAGGGAAAACAAUAUUGGGGAGAAAUGGAGCUGAGCCACAGGACUCAAGUCUCCCCGCAUGCUCCCCGGGGCUUGCCAGCCCUAGCCCCAUUCCAGGGAUUCGAACGAAAAGAUAGCAAGCCCCUGGAUUCCUUUAAUGGAAUUCCCUUUCCGCAGCAGCAUUGGAGGGGCAGGCCCAGCCAAUCCUAACCCCUCCUCCAACCAAUUGAUAACCAAUGCCUAACCGCAGCCUUACAAGUUGUGACGAUUUGCUACGCAGUAGGCAAAAACCAAAUGGCCCAGCCAAUCAGCCAGAAGGAUAAAAUUCCUACCAGGCCCCUGCCCCAACGGCAGACGACCCCAUGACAGACAUAGCAAGGUCAACGUGAAACCCCUAAAAUUAGGGCGGGUGGGCAGGUGAUCCGGUGCACGCAGCGAAAGAGAAAGCUCAAAGCUGCGUGCACAGAACUUAAAACGUUCGAUCCCUCCCACCAAAUUGCAACAUAGAAUUUAGCCCAGCAACUCAGCCAUUCAAUCGUUGCCACAGGUCAGCUUAGUAACCCUGCCUGGCAACAGAGGGGUGGCAUGGCAGACCCCACCGCAACACGUGCUCUCCAUGAGGGAGAACAUGCUUUAUGAGAGAACCAUGACACCACCAUGAAGGCAGUGUGUGCUGAUGAUCUCAUGUUUGCUUAUUGUAUAAAGCUGUUUUUAGUCAUGACAGCAGUUUGGAUGUCUUGCUGCAUAUGACAUUUAGUUGACAGAAUAAGACGUAAAAGGUUUGACCUCAGUUUAAUCCCUUAGUCUUCAUCCACAACGGAGGCAAAGCCUAAAUAUGUAAAACUGCAUUUGAUCUGGUUCUACCUAGCUUAAGUGAGAAUGACCCAAGAAGUGAAAACUUGUUUCGACUCAACCAGCCACAGGUCAUAUUUCAUUGCUAACUCUGCUGGCCAUAGACAUUUUGCCGCCUGAAGCGGAACCCGAUAGUGACCCCCUUUCCCUUAUUAAGGCCAAUGCAAAGUCAAACGCCAGUGCCUGCCUUCAGCUGUAAAAAAAGGGUAAAGGUAAAGGACCCCUGACAGUUAAGUCGAGUUGCAGACGACUCUGGGGUUGCGGCGCUCAUCUCGCUUUCAGGCCGAGGGAGCCGGCAUUAAUCCGCAGACAGUUUUUCCGGGUCAUGUGGCCAGCAUGACUAAGCCGCUUCUGGUGCAACGGAACACCGAAGCCAGAGCAGCGCAUGGAAACGCCGCUUACCUUCCCACCGGAGUGCUAUCUAUUUAUCUACUUGCACUUUUUGGCGUGCUUUCAAACUGCUAGGUUGGAAGGAGCUGGGACUGAGCAACGGGAGCUCACCCCAUCGCAGGGAUUCGAACCACCUCGUCAUGGGGAUUUGAACCGCCAACCUUCUGAUCAGCAAGCCCAAGAGGCACAGUGGUUUAGACCACAGCGCCACCUGCGUCCUGCCUUCAUCUGUACCCAUAUCCAAAACUUUUUGAUACUUUCUGAAGUGGUUUGCAUUACCCUGUAGCACGGCAAGGCUGACCUUGUUGUCCAAAGUUCCUGUUGUGGCAUUGGGAGUCACAAAUCCACAACAAAACUGAAGCAAAACUGGUGCAAUGCUUCUUCCAUGUCUUCAUUUUACUCUGUAUCACUGAGUAAUUUUAAUACAUUUAGGGUUUUAUUGCUUUUUAAUGGAACUCAACAGUACUUUGACAUUACUGGGACUUAAGUAUAGUCAUGACUGCCAUAAUAAUAAUAAUAAUAAUAAUAAUAAUAAUAAUAAUAAUAAUAAUUUGACACCCAUCUGACUGAGUUGCCCCAGCCACUUUGGGUGGCUCCCAACAGAAUAUUAAAAACACAAUAAUAAUAAUAAAUAAUAAUAAAUUUUAUUUAUAUCCCGCCCUCCCCAACCGAAGCCGGGCUCAGGGCGACUAACAACAAUAAAACAUUACAAAAGUACAGCGCAAACAACACUCUAAAAUCAUUCAUUAUAAAAUUAAUUCAAAUCAAGCCACUGGCAACCAUUGGGCCAGAGCUCCGCGAAGAUUGUCGAGGGAGGGAAUCAGGCUGUGCCCUGGCCAAAGGCCUGGUGGAACAGCUCUGUCUUGCAGGCCCCGUGGAAAGAUGUCAAGUCCCGCAGGGCCCUAGUCUCUUGUGACAGAGUGUUCCACCAGAUCGGAGCCACAGCCGAAAAAGCCCUGGCUCUAGUUGAGGCCAGCCUAACCUCUCUGUGGCCUGGGACCUUCAAGAUGUUUUUAUCUGAAGACUGUAAGUUUCUCUGUGGGACAUACCAGGAGAGGCGGUCCCGUAGGUACGAGGGUCCUAGGCCGUAUAGGGCUUUAAAGGUUAAAACCAGCACCUUAAACCUGAUCCUGUACUCCACCGGGAGCCAGUGCAGCUGGUAUAGCACCGGGUGAAUGUGAUCUCGCAGCGAAGACCCCGUAAGGAGGUCUUCUUUAAACUACUUUAAACAUGGCCAAACCUGGAUCCAAGCCUAUAUCUUUAAGUAAAUUAGAUUAGAUUAUUGUAUUUUAAUAUAGAUUAUUGUAUUUUAAUAUUCUGUUGGAAGCCACCCAGAGUGGCUGGGGAAACCCAGCCAGAUGGGUGGGGUAUAAAUAAAUUAUUAUUAUUAUUACAUAAGUGGGAUGUUUUUACACUUCCCAUUGAAUUUAUUUUUUUACAAAAAUGGUUUUCUUUCUACAUUUCUGUGCCAUGUUUCUGUGCUUUACAACAGCAAUUCUUGCAUCCCAUUUUCGCAGCUCGAUUCACCUUUGCAAUAACUCCAUCCAGAAGAACUACAAGAACGCGCCAGACCGCAGUUCUCAGUUGCCGUAUCACAAUAUGUGGACAAGCAGCAAAUUCCAAGAGUAUUUGCAAAAGAGGGGUCUUGGCCACGUCUGGCGUAAUAUUAUCUAUCCGUCCAUGAAGAAGAUAUUAAUCUACACAAUGAAGAUGGCCCAAGACCAAGUUGAACCUCGGAGGAGUAGCUUUGAACUCUACGGGGCAGAUUUCAUUCUCGGAAAUGACUUUACACCUUGGUUGAUUGAAAUCAAUAGUAGUCCAACCAUGUACCCUUCGACCCCAAUAACAUCCAACCUAUGUGCUCAGGUUCAAGAAGACACAAUCAAGAUAGUUAUAGACAGAAAACAUGACAGGAACUGUGACAUUGGGCACUUUGAACUUCUCUGGAGACAGGUAAGAAUUGUUUAAACUUUCUAAUUAAUGGGGAGCGGGUGGCGCUGUGGGUUAAACCACAGAGCUAGGACUUGCCAAUCAGAAGGUCGGCGGUUCGAAUCCCCAUGACGGGGUGAGCUCCCGUUGCUCAGUCCCUGCUCCUGCCAGCCUAGCAGUUCAAAAGCACACCAGUGCAAGUAAAUAAAUAGGUACCGCUCCGGCGGGAAGGUAAACGGCGUUUCCAUGCGCUGCUCUGGUUCGCCAGAAGCGGCUUAGUCAUGCUGGCCACAUGACCCAGAAGCUGUACGCCGGCUCCCUUGGCCAAUAAAGCAAGAUGAGCGCCGCAAACCCAGAGUUGGUCACGACUGGACCUAAUGGUCAGAGGUCCCUUUACCUUUAACCUUUUCAAAGAUUCACCUUCAUUAUAUUUAGACACCAACCAUGAAAUGCAAAUCUUGAAAUAAUUGAGGGGGGUAUUGCUAUUUAUUAUUUAUUUUAUUUAUUUAUUAAAUUUGCAUACCACCCUUCAUCCAAAGAUCUAAGGGCGGUUCACAGUAUAGAUGUACAAAACACAAAGACAAAAUACAGAAUAAAAACAAGGACAAACCAAACCCAUAAUCACCACUCCCACAAACACAUUUAAAAGAACAUAGAAUGUUCACCAAUCAAAUGCCUGGCUGAAGAAGAAUGUUUGUGCCCGGCUACUGGAGAUGUAUAGUGAAGGCGCCAGGCAUACUUCCCUGGGGAGAGCAUUCCACAGAUGGGGAGCCACUGUAGAAAAGGCCCAUGCUUGUGUUGCCACCCUCUGGACCUCUCAUGAGGAAGCCACAUGAAGAAGGGCCUCAGAUGAUGAUCUCAGGGUCCAGGUCAGAUCCUAUGGGGAGAGGUGGUUCUUUGAAUUAUUGCAGUCCUGAACUAUUUAAGGCUUUAUAGGUCAAAGCCAGCACUUCGAAUUGGGGCCAGAAACUAAUUGGCAGUCAGGCCAGGAUUGGUGUAAUAUGCUCAAACCAUCUUGCACUGGUGAGCAACCUGGCUGCUGAAUUCUGCACCAGCUGAAGUUUCCAAACUAUCUUCAGAGGCAGCUUCUGAAGCCUCACCUACUGAAAUUCCCUCUUCUAUGAAACACUGAAAGAUGCAGGAACCCCAUCUUCUUUUCAUCCAGACACCCUAUCAUUACCUCAGUAUAUAAUUACCUCAGUACAGUGGUACCUUGGUUUUUGAACGGUUCUGGGAGUCGAACGGACUCCUGGAACAGACUAAGUUCGACAACCUUGAGUUUGAUCUUGGUUGUCAAACUCAAUCUGUUUUGGGAGUCCGUUCGACUCCCGGAACUGUUCGAAAACCAAGGCUCGGUUUCCAAUUGGCUGUAAGAUCUUCCUGCACUCAAUCGGAAGCUGCGUCAGCCGCGUUGGACGUUCAGCUUCCAAAAAAUGUUUGCAAACCGGAAUACUUACUUCCGAGUUUGUGGCGUCCAGGAGCCGAUUUGUUUGGGAGCCAAGGUGUUCGACAACCAAGGUACCACUGUACAUAAUUGUGAGAACAAACCCAUUUGUAUAAGAGAGGAGUGCUGAAAACCACCAUUUUGUUUUCCUCUACAGCCCAUGUUGGAUCUGCCACCAUUUAAUCCUACAGACCUUUUUGUGGAAGGAAUCAAUGUUAAGAGACUGAAAAAGCAUAUAGUUAACAUCACUAAUUUUAAUUUUCUCGAACCACUGCUGGGGGUAACACAACCUGUAAUGGAUAUAGAAAACGACGAAGACCGGGGGACACCCGCCAACAACAAGCAAAUUGUAAAAGGAAAACAUGGAAAUAGCGCUCCUUGUCCUUUGCCAAAGACCCUCAAGAAGUUGCAAGACAAAAGCCUUAAAGUGAAAAGCACCUACAAAAAGCCUGCCCAAACCAUAGACUUUCCUCGCAUAGUUAACGGCCGUGGAGCAACCGCUGUGUCUGAUAAGAAAAAGUCAAAGCCCAUUAAUGAGCCAAGCCUUCAGACUGGAAGCCAAGCUACCACUCCCUCUCAAAAGUCACGUUCACUGGACUGGACAUUACUUCAGCCCUCUAUAGAUGCAGGUAAAAGAGGAUGAAAAUAUUUUACAUAUAUCUUUAUAAAAUAAAACUUUUCCAUAUAUAUAUAUAUAUAUAUAUAUAUAUAUAUAUAUAUAUAUGAGAGAAUAAAAUAAAAUCAAUUGAUUAACUGAUAACAAUUAGAGCAAAUAUUUGUUAAAACAGAAAUAUUGGGGGAAAUCUCUAUGAAGUCUACUUUGAAAUUAAGCUAUACAAAGCAAAAUUUUAAUGGCUUUCUGCCAGUUUAACCGUCUCAAAUAAUCCUAUGGAAAUGACAUUAUUUAAUUCAUAUAUUGGCAUAAGUGGAUAAAAUUUGCAGGUGAUGCUGAGGGCUACUGAAACUAGGGUGGGCAUAGGAUUUGGAUAAAUCCCAAACUGAAGCAGACCACUUCAGACAGCUUUUGGACUUGGGUUUUUCUGUCAUCAGCCAAAGAAACUGACAUUUUAGGGUCACCAAGGAAGCUUUCUCUCCUGUUACACAACCGUCACUGAGAAUUCUAUCAGUUUGACUUUUAAGAAUUUAAGAAGAAGAAUCCUGCUAGUUCAGGCCAAAGGCCUAUGUUCUCCAGCUUCCUGUUUUCACAGUUGUGCUAGGCCCGGGGGUAACCCAAGCAAAACGGUCCAGGUACGGUCCCGAAUCCAAGGGUUCCACGAGGAGUCAGUCCGACAGGGCCAAGGCAGGAAACCAGGCAAGGUCAGGCACAGGAUCACAGGCAGGUUCUGGCAAACAGCAACCUUGCUCCUGCAACCUGGGGUGGGGUCCAGGAGCCUUUUAUCUCUGUCAGGGUAAUGGCCAGUCCUGAUCCCCCGGUGACUCACCUCCCUGUCUCGCCCGAAGGCGAGCACUCCUCCUGCGAGUACUCAGGUCUCUCCUUCUCUCAGACCUCAGUCUCUGCAGCUUGGGAGAUGUCGGUCGGUUACUAGACCCAGAGGCCGCCUCAGCCUCUCCUAACCCAACUGGUAGUGGAGCAGCUGUGAGUGAUUGCCCAGCUGGAGGCAACGAGGUAAUCCCUGCAUCUGGAGCCAGGGCAGGCUCAGGCCCCUGACUCAGCCCAGCUGGUGCUUGUUGCAGGGGAACCUGUGCAGACUGGGGCUCUUCAGAAUCAGGUCCAGACUAGGUUCAGCUGCCGCUUGAGGCAAAGGAUCCAGUGUGGACUGAGACUCCUCUGGCUCCGAGUCCGAGCCCGAGUCCCAGGCCAUCACACCAGUGGUCAACCAGAUACCUAUAGGAAGCUUACAAGAAGAACUCGGAUACAAGACUUGGUUUCCUUACUUAUCAUUGCCAUAAGCUGACACUCAGAGACAUAUUGCUUCCAAUAAUAGAGAUAAACCACAACCAUUGUUCCUAGAGCUGUGGAUAGCCUUAUCAUCCAUGAAUUUAUCAAAUCCCUUUUAUAGUGAUGCCCAUCAUUACCUCUUGUGAAUUCCAUUGUUUAACUGUGCACUGUGUCUUUCUCUUACCUGCCUGAAUCUUCCAACAUUGAGCUUCAUUGGACUGCCAUAAUUCCUUGUACUAUAAAAGAGGGAAAAUAACUUUUGCCUAUGCGCUUUCUCUACACCAUGCACAAUCUUGUACCUCUCUAGCAUGCCACCUCUUACCUGUGUUCCCUCGUCAAAAAACUGAAAAGUGGCCACUAUCGUAAUCUCUCUCAUAGCCAAGUUGCUCCAGUUCCUCGGCCCCUUUCUGGAACUUUCCUGUAUCUAUAUCCUUUCUGAGGUGAAGGAACCAGAAGUGUACGCAGUAUUUCAAGUGCAGUCACACCAUAUAAUUUUAGGAGUCAAUUAUGAAAUUGGCAGUUUUGUUUUCCAUUCAUUUCCUAAUGAUCCCUAACAUGGAAUUCACCUUUUUCACAGCUGCUGUUGACAUCUUCUUCAAGCUGUCUACUACAGUCCCAAGGUUUCGUGUCUGGUCAGUCUCCAUGAGUUCAGAUCACACUAGCAUAUAUGUGAAAUUAGGAUUCCUUUGCCCCAAUAUGCAUCAUUUUGCGCUUGGUUACAUUGAGUUACAUUUGCCAUUUUACUUCCUGUACACCCAGUUUGGAUAGGUCCUUUUGGAGCUUCUCAUAAUCUUUUUUUGUUCAUACCACCCUGAACACUGCUCAUCCCUGUUGAUCAUUUCUGAGCACUUUCUACAGCCCUCCACUGCAAUAAUUGUGUUUCCCCCCCUUUUCUCUGGUUCCUAUUUCUUAACCAGUUCCUGAUCCAUAAGAUGACCUGUCCUCUUAUCCUUCAAAUUCUAAGCUUACUCAGGAGUCUUUGGCAUGUUACUUUGAACAUCUAAGUACACAAUAUUUACAGAAUCACCUUUAUCUAUAUGCUUGUUGACACACAAAGAACUCUCAAAGGUUAGUGAGACAUUACCAUUGUAGAGGCCAUGCAGUUGUUCUUCAGCAAGACUUGUUUUUCUACAUGCUUGUUAAUUCCACAUUUAAUAUUGCUUUUGACUAACUUUCCUGGAGCAGAUGUUAAGCUAACUGGUCUGUAAUCUCCUAGAUCCCCCCUGUAUCCCUUCUUAAAAACUGAUGCUACAUGGGCUACUUUCCAGUUCUCAGCAUCCGAAACUGACCAUAAGGACAAGUCAAUCUUUUUUUGUUAGAAGAUCAGCAAUUUAAUAUUUGAGCUAUUUAAGAACACUCUGGUGGAUGCCAUUUAGACCUGGCAAUCUGUCAGUUUUUAAUUCAUCAAUAAGGCCUACAAAUUUGUCUCACCACCACUAUUUGUCUCAGUAGGCACAGGGAGAGGCAAAGAAUUAUUUCAGCAAUCAGCUACUUAAAUCACUUGUUACCUUGAUGCUCUGCAAUUGGGUCGAGACGCUUCAUCGGCUGAAGCUCUGCUCUUGGCUCACGGAACCAAUUUUCACUUGUGUCCACUAGCGACGCUGACAAAUGAUAACUUAACUUGUUGACCAGAAACACCUAAGAUCAUUUACAGUUAUUAAAUCAGAUUGGAUGCCCUUCCAUCAUUGAAAAUAUCUGCUAUAUGUGGUAGCUAUUGGGAUGGGAAGAAAACAAGGAUAAUUUAAGCAUGAUUGGUAAACUAUUACUACAUGAAAGGCAGGGUAGGGCAUUUUUAAUUGGCUCAAGGUCUAUUUGUGAAAGAGAAGAGAAGGCUCUUGAAACAGAAACAAAGUGGGGAAAGGGAUAUUUUUGACCUAACCAAGGCCUGAAAAUGAUUAGCGCCAUCAAUGGCAUUAAGUAACGUUUAUCCUGAAUUUUAAAGGCAACUGGCUGCUAAGUUUGGAAAACUGUUGGGAAUCCAUUGCUGGCAUCUAGGUUGAGCAGGCUUUUAAAAUAUUUUAUUCAGAGGCCAAAAUGCCCCGACAAAUGCAAACAUUGCCAGACCCGCCAAUUGUUUCUGUUUUCCAGGGAUAUUCCCAGAUUUACAGAAGCUGUCCCGGUUUCUGAUUUGAUCCUGGAAUGUCCCGCUUCCCCUUAGGACGUCCUUAUUUUCAUCGGAGAAAUGUUGGAGGGUAUGGUAGGAUGCCCCUAUGGUAGGAUGCGGGUAUGGGGUUAUGCAGCCUCCAAGCCGAGGAGAUAGGUACAGUGGUACCUCUAGUUGCGGACUUAAUCCGUUUUGGGGUGCCGUUCGCACCCUUAAAGUCUGCAACUAGAGCACCUUUUCUGCGCAUGUGUGCGCAUCGAGCGCUUCUGCGCCUGUGUGGGCCGUGAACCCUGAAGUAAACACUUCUGGGUUUGCUGCGUUCGUAAGCUGAAAGUCCGUACCAAGAGCGGAAUGCAACACGAGGUAUUAACUAUACAACCUUUAGAAGACAUCUGAAGGCAGCCUUGUAUUGGGAAGUAAUGCUUUAUUAUGUUUUUAUUUAUGUUGGAAGGUGCCCAGAGUGGCUGGGGCAACCCAUUCAGAUGGGUGGGAUAAUAAUAAUAAUAAUAAUAAUAGAAUAGGACAGCCCUAUUUUUAUCGGAGAAAUGUUAGAGAGUAUGCACUGCUUCUCUGAAGAGUCUUUUGUAGAAUCCUGGUAAAAGGAGCAUUGCUAACUAUGCAAUUCAGUGUUGAUGGGCGUUAAUAUUUGCUCUCUCUUUAAAGGUCUGCAGAACAAAAGCAAGAAGAUUCCAUGCCUAAUUUGUGGAGAUGGUUUCCAGUCAGAGAAAGCUUGUAAACACUGCAGCUCUUUUUGUGCGACUGUAUUACAAGGCGAUUCAUACCUACCUAUGGGUCCGUGUUCUCCUCCUGAAAAGAUGACCAAGAACAGGCUGACCGUUCCAUGUUAUGGACUUCCAAAAUACCUUUGACUGUAUUCAAAGUGCUUUGAGAAAGUGUUUUUUUAAAAGCCAAUUCCCCAAACCUCAGACAGAGCUCAAGAACUUUCCUUGUAUAUAAAAAGAAGAAGAAAAUGCUGAAAGGCCCCUUUUCUUAUCAAAUAGCUGUAGCCAAUUCUACAGCAGAAAUGCUGUGGAAAAGAAUGGAAGCUGUGCUAUGAAUGCAAGUCCGAGAAUUUCAAACUGCUGUAGCAUACCUUGCAAGGAAAAAAUGUGUGUGACGUAA